AUGGAGAAACGUGUUUUGAAAUUAGAGUUCGAUGUCGGAACAACAAGUCGUGCAAGCAUUGGCCAAAGUGGAGAAGAACUUGGCAAAGCCAUGGAACUUGUUCAACGAGAACGUGACCGUGACGUGAAAGAGAAAGAAGAACUACGCCAUUUAAACGAUCGAUUCUCGCAUUUCCUUGCGAAUAUCGAACAAUUGAAACGACUCAAUGAACAAUUACAAACACAAUUAAGGGAUGAAUUCUCCAAAUGGGGAAUUUUACCGCGUGAUGAGAAUGAAUUACAGCAAAUUAUUGUUCAGAUCAACGAUCGCGGUGUGCGACGCGCGACCGACGAAGUUCGUUCACGCGCUGCAGAACAAGAAACCGCUGUGCUUCAUCGGGCAACCGCUCUGUAUGGGAAUAUUCAGGAUUUAUACAAACGUAAACAGGAAAAUUUACGGCAUUUGAUCGAUCGCUUACAAGAAGAAUUGAGUCGUAUCCUUCAACGUGAACGAUCAAGUGAAGAAGAACUUUCCGUCACACGUGAUGAUUUGAUAAAAGAAUUGAAUAAAUUUCGCGAACGAUUACAAGAUUGGCUUCGUUUAGUUAUUGACAAACAAACCUUAACCGAUGACAUUCAAUCGUUACGAGAACGUAUUAACUUAAUCAACGCUUUGAAUGAAGAAGAAGUCAAUGAAUGGAAACGUUUGUUGGAUCAAUCAAAAGAUGAUUCGAUCUCAUUCUAUCGCGAAGAAUUAACCAAUGCCAUUCGGGACAUCAAACGUGAUUAUGCUAAGCAAGCGAAGAAGUUUCAAGACGAAUUAGAAUAUCAAAUCGAAGGGCAAUUACGUAUGGUUGAAAAUCAAUUGAAACAAAUGCCUGGAUUGACGGACAGUUCCAUGCAGGAGAGUGAAAAGAAUCGCUUACAUUUAGAAGAAACUAAACUACGAACAAUUAUGGAAGAAUAUGACAAAGAACAAAUUCGACUGAAUGAAUUAACAAAAACCUUAUCGGAGAAACGUCGUGUAUUACGCGAUGAAGAGGGUCGUUUACAUGAAAUGGAGCGAAAGAUUCGCGAGAAGCAAAUGUUUGAAAAGACCAUUGCGGAGAAAUUGAAAGUCGAAUAUGAUGAUCUACGUUUACGGUUCGAACAAAUGGCACACGAACUACGGUUUAGUAUCGAAGAUGAAUUGAGAAUCUAUGCACGAUUAUUAGAUGAGUUAAUGAAGAAAUCGUCAACGAUUAUCAAUAAUACAACAACAACAACGCUUCGAACAAGUGCGACUGAAGAACAAGGAGCAACGGGAAUCUUUGAUUUAACUAGUAGUCAUAGUGGAUGGCCAACAGCGACAAAUAUUCAUUUGAGUACGGAAAACUUAUUUCGGCUAAAUGAAAGCGAAGUUCAGGAAACAUAUGAUGGAAGUUCGAUUAUUCAUUCGUCAUCAUUUUCGACCAUGGAUUGA